AUGACGAGACUACCCAUUUUGUGUUAAAUGGCGAGGAAGCCCUCUCCCGGAACUCGAGGAUGAUCGGUCUUUGGCACCCGGCAGACCCGCACUAGCCCUAUGGCGGAGGUGUCUGUCUAGAACUGCAGUGGAGUCGGGUAGGAACGAUUCUUCCGAGCCGCGGUUUCCGCGGGGAAUCCUAAGCGAGUUCCUGUUCUGACGCACUUCCGAAGCGUCGGAACAGAGGAAGCCGCUUUGACUGCCGGGAAUACGGAAUCGGAAAAAUGGUGGUCACCAGGUCCGGGGUGUCUCGGACCGAACUCCAAAAACGCUCCCAGCAGAAGAGGUCUGUUCCUCGGAGAACUAGGACACAUCUAAAAAGCAAAAAAGAAUCAGGAUCCACUGGCAGCACUGCUGAAUCACAGUCUGCUGGGGCUCAAAGCUCGGGCCCGGCUAGAAGCAAGAACAGCAGAACUACAGGCCCAGCGGAGAUCGUUGUACUGAUUUCUGAUGGAGAGCCUUCUGAACCUGAGUCUCAUGCUUCUGGGGUUUCUUUUGUGUUAGAGCCCAUUAUAAGAGUAACUAGGAAACGGCAGGUUGUAAUUACACCCACCCCAAAGCCCAGUGUUAGGAAAAGGCGGAAAGUAACCCCUCAACAUGAAUCUGUUGAUGAAGGAGUUUCUGUUUCUGAAGCAGAGUCUCAUGUUUCAGAGGUUACUAUGAUUGUGCCUUCCACAGAAAGAAGAAGCAGGAAUAAGGCUAAAUCUCAAAGAGAUUCAAGCCAAGAGUCACCUUUGGAAACUAUAUCUGAUGCUGAGUGCUCCUGCAUCUCAUCAUUAGAGGUCUCAUCCAGGAGAACAACCAGGAAUGUGCAGAAGAAAUUACAGUUCCAAGCUGAGAAAAAAGAUACUAAGAUUACACCAGGAAAUAAAAAGCAAAUUGUGGGUAUGUGUGUGGAUUCAGAGGACUCAGAUGCUAAACAGGCCUCUCAGUUAUCAGCAAGACCACUUUCUCAGAUAAAUAUGCCAAAUAUUUCUGAUAAUGAAACUUAUAAUGAUGACUUUGAUGAUUCCAUCCACAGAAUUUCAGAGAAAAAACUGACAACCCAAAACCAUCAAAAUUUGCAUAUCCAAGUGGAAAAACAAGCCGAUGUUGUGUCUCUUACGGAAGUCAGAAAGAAGAAUUGUGAGAGUCUGGAUGAAGAGGACCCCAAAAUAAUAGAGGAAAAAGUAAUUAAUGAGAAAGAUUCCCAGCUGAGUCUUUCUGAAGCUCAAGACAGUGGCCUUCAGCAGUCAGUGUCUCAGAAUCAUUCAAGCACCCCAAAUAUACCCACAUCCCAGCUUUCAAGUCCGGAUAGGGAGGCUCUGAUGAAAUCAUUAGAGCACAGGUUUGCAGUUGUAGAAAUAAAAAAAUGGGAUGAGGAGAGAGAGGGCAGCUUAAGAAAGAGUGACUUGGCACAGUCCAGUGAUCGUGGUGAUAGCAAUGAGCCCACAAGUGCAGGUGUCAGUGAGGACAGCAACAGCCAAAGUGGCGUUGCUCUUGAAUGUAAUACCAAGCCAUGCGGGUCUGAACUCAACGUGUCUCAGAAUACAGAUAGUCCUGUUUUAUUAUUUCUUAGUAGUGAUGAAAGCCAACAGUCUGACAGCAGUGAGAAUGAAAGGGACACUUUGUGUUCUGUGGAAAACAGUGGCCAAAAGGAGGCAUCAACUGAGGACUUGGAAGAUACUGCAUGUGAUAGUGCACUGUUUGUAAUUGACAAAACUCCUGGAUUGAGUGCUGACAAAAACUUUUACCUAGAAGACAAGGCUCCAAGUGAAGGUGCUGCAUGUGAUAGUGCACUGUUUGUAAUUGACAAAACUCCUGGAUUGAGUGCUGACAAAAACUUUUACCUAGAAGACAAGGCUCCAAGUGAAGUUGCUAUUGAGGAAGAAAAAGAGGAGGAGGAGAAAGAGGAAGAAAAUAGUGAAGAAGACUCAUCAGACAGUGACGAGAAUAAGGAUGAGUCUAGUGAUGAGGAAGACUUACUCAGUAACACCAAGUCCAAGCUUCUGAAGCUGACAAGUAGCAGCAUAGACCCUGGACUAAACAUCAAGCAGUUGGGUGGCUUGUAUAUUAAUUUCAAUGUAGACAAGAUGCAGCCUCACAAGAAAACUCUAACCCAGAUCAAAGAGAAAAAGAAAAACGAGCUUCUGCAGAAAGCUGUCAUUACACCUGAUUUUGAAAAAAACUAUUGUGUCCCACCGUAUAAUGAGUCAAAGCAUCGACUGCAGAAACAGCGCAGGAAAGAGCGACAAAAAACAGCCGGUAAUGGUUGGUUUGGCAUGAAAGCUCCAGAGCUAACAGAGGAACUGAAGAACGAUCUCAAAGCCUUGAAGAUGAGAGCGAGCAUGGACCCAAAGCGGUUCUACAAGAAGAACGACAGAGAUGGGUUCCCCAAGUACUUCCAGGUUGGAACCAUCGUUGAUAAUCCAGCUGACUUCUAUCAUUCACGAAUUCCCAAGAAACAGAGGAAAAAGACUAUUGUGGAAGAGCUGCUGGCUGACUCUGAGUUCAGGAGAUUUAAUCGAAGGAAGUAUUCGGAAAUCAUGGCUGAAAAAGCAGCAAAUGCAGAAGGAAAGAAGUUCCGGAAAAAGAAGAAAUUUCGCAACUAAAAUUUACAAAGCAAACCAUAGCAUUUUAUAGAUCUUGAUUUGCUGAAGGUUAUCACAUAAUUUAUAUAAAUAUGUAUAAAUAUUUAGUGAUUUCUAUUUAGAAAUAAAGUUUACUGACAAAAUCGGUUGUGUGC